CAUGAGAACGUAUGGCCGUAAAUCUGACAAAAGAGAAGCAACAAUAUACCGCGAAAUUUUUGUUAUAAAAAUCGAGUGUAAUAUUUUCUCUGAGUAAACAACAUGGGUUGGGGAACACAUUGGAUUUAUCACUAGUUAAUGUUGUCAGUGAAAAUCUUGUGUAACAAUAUAUUUGUAAUCUGACGCAAACCAGCAAUCUAACGUGUCUAACGUUGCCUUUGAAAUCUAAAAUUUUGAUAUGGAUGAUACAUUGGCUCAAACUCAGCGACUUAAAGCGGCAAUCCAUUUUACCACGGGACAAAUAUGUCAAACAAUUGCUGCCGAUUGUGGGAGGGAGUUCAGCAGACAAGCUAUAGCUGCUAUAGCUGAAACUACAUUUCGACAGUGUGACACUUUUGCCAAAGACCUGGAGGCGUUUGCAAGACACGCCAAAAGAAACACAAUCAAUGUGGAUGACGUGAAACUUGUUUCAAGGCGAAGCACUGCACUUUCCACUUAUAUCCAGCAGAAGAGCGAAGAACUUGCCAGUGCACACCAGGAGCAGAAAGAGAAGCGGAGAAAGAACACGGUGAAGAGGAAGCAUCAAGACACUGAAGGAGAUCCUGAACAGAAUGAGGACUGAACACAGGAUCAAGAGUUUGGCUGUUAGUGGGAGCCAGUACAGGCAUUUGUAGUUUGUUAAACACUGGGUAGCAGGCCUUAACUAUUUUACAAAAAUGCAGCAUUUGUUUACUCUUCAAACAAAACACAAAUGUCUUUUUGCAGAUGUAAUUUUUUUUUAUUGUAAUAAGGGGAAAACAUGCACCCACUAUGCAAGUGCUUAGGGAACUAAGGAAUGUUGGGUUGGACACAGCAUUUUCAUUGCCAAUUGGUCUAAAUAUACUUUAACUGUAUCACAAUAAUUUAAAUAAAUAAAGCCGUCACAUUAAAAAAAAA